GGUCCAGUGCAGUUGUAAAUCAAACGAAUACACUGUGAACACAAAGUAUAUAUAUAUAUAUAUAUAUUUUUUUUUUUAAGUAAAUAGUGAAUCAUACAAGUGUUCCAAUAUACUGUAUUUGAGAGACCGUGUCCAUUCGUGUGAUCGUUUAUUGCCGUUGUAACGUGACUAUGAUAAUUGAUCUCUGCUGUGUGCUCAGUGGGGAUGCCGCAGCCACACAUCUUGGCAGGUCGUCAAGAGCGAUAAACGGAAAACAAGAACAAGUCUCUUAGGGCAGAUAGCACCUAGUCAGAGGGGACCCUUUUCCCAGACGUAGCCAGCCAGCUAGGACCCCAGACAGACAAUCCCAGCAUGGGGAACCAGGACGAGACCAGGAAGCUGAACGGCAGCUCCUCGCACCCCGACGGCACCUCAGCCGUGGCCCCCGAGCAGGCUAAAGAGAGCAUGCAGAUGAAGAAGGACAUCUCCCUGCUCAACGGAGUCAGCCUCAUCGUGGGCAACAUGAUUGGCUCGGGCAUCUUCGUGUCUCCCAAGGGCGUGCUCAUCUACAGCGCCUCCUACGGCCUGUCGCUGGUCAUCUGGGCCAUCGGUGGAAUAUUCUCAGUGGUCGGCGCUCUGUGUUACGCAGAGCUGGGCACCACCAUCACCAAGUCCGGGGCCAGCUAUGCCUAUAUCCUGGAGUCCUUUGGUCCAUUCAUUGCCUUUAUUCGCUUGUGGACAUCACUGCUCAUCAUUGAGCCCACCAGUCAGGCGGUCAUCGCCAUAACGUUCGCUAACUACCUGGUGCAGCCGCUGUUCCCCACGUGUGAGCCACCCUACUCAGCCUCGCGCCUCAUCGCAGCCGCCUGCAUAUGUUUGCUGACGUUCAUCAACUCGGCCUACGUGAAGUGGGGCACCAGGGUGCAGGAUGUCUUCACUUAUGCCAAAGUUCUCGCCCUCGUCGUCAUCAUCAUCACAGGCAUAGUGAAACUAUGCCACGGAUACACCGUGAACUUUGAAGCGUCGUUCCAGGGCUCUUCUACAGACCCAGGAGACAUUGCCUUGGCCCUGUACUCUGCCCUGUUCUCCUACUCGGGCUGGGACACACUCAACUUUGUUACCGAGGAGAUCAAGGACCCAGAGAGGAACCUGCCCCUGUCUAUUGCCAUCUCCAUGCCCAUUGUCACGAUCAUAUAUAUCAUGACUAACGUGGCUUACUACGCCGUGCUGGACAUGAGUGCCAUCCUCGCCAGUGAUGCCGUGGCUGUGACGUUUGCCGACCACACUCUGGGAGUGAUGAGCUGGACCAUUCCCAUCGCUGUGGCUCUGUCCUGUUACGGAGGGCUAAACGCAUCUAUUAUCGCCGCAUCCAGGCUGUUCUUCGUGGGUGCUCGUGAAGGUCACCUCCCGGACGCCUUAUCAAUGAUUCAUGCAGAGAGGUAUACACCUGUCCCUGCUCUGCUCUUCAACUGUGCCAUGGCCUUGGUAUACCUGACUGUAGAGGAUGUCUUCCAGCUGAUCAACUACUAUAGCUUCAGCUACUGGUUCUUUAUGGGUCUGUCUAUCGCCGGGCAGAUCUACCUGCGCUGGAAGGAACCAGACAGACCCAGACCACUCAAGUUGACCCUGUUGUACCCCAUCAUCUUCUGUUGUUGCACUGUGUUCCUCGUGACAGUGCCACUCUACAGUGACACCAUCAACUCUCUCAUUGGCAUCGCCAUUGCCAUCUCAGGAGUGCCAAUCUACUUCCUGGGCAUCCACCUGCCCGAGUCCAAACGCCCACCCUACAUUACGAAGUUACUAUGUUCUUUCACACGCUUCACCCAGCUCACCUGUUUCUGUGUGCUCACUGAGAUGGACAUCACAUUGUCCCCUGCCUGGUGUAUGAGCUGAGGGGGUGAGAUCCACAUCAGAGCCUGUGGAGGUCUCUCCCUUCUCAGGGGCUGGAGAUCCAUGUAUGGCUAUACAUCUCGUAUCUUGUGAUGGAAUUACCUAGAGAGGUUAGACACUUUCAUUUUUAGAAUUUGAAUGUGCAGUGCCUGUCAAAAACAUUAGGAACACCUGCUGUUUCCAUGACAGACUGACUAGGUGAAAUCCACUUCAAUCAGUGUGUGUGUGUGUGUGUGUGUGGGGGGUGGGGGCUAAAGAAGGAUUUUUAAGCCUUGAGACAUGGAUUGUGGAUGUGUGCCAUUUAGAGGGUGAAUGGGCAAGACAAAAUAUUUAAAUGCCCUUGAAUGGGGUAGGGUAGUAGCUGUCCUGCGCACCGGUUUGAGUGUGUCAAGAACUGCAACUCUACUGGAUUUUUCACGCUCAACAGUUUCCCGUGUAUAUCAAGAAUGGUCCACCACCCAAACGACAUCCAUCCAACUUGACACAGCUGUGAGAAGCAUUGGAGUCAACACGGGCCAGCAUCCCUGUGGAAUGCUUUCAACAUCUUGAGGCUGUUCUGAGGGCCAAAGGGGGGUGCAACUCAAUCAGGAAGUCAUUCCUAAUGUUUUGUACACUGCAUAUGCCAAAGGGACAUGCAAACAGACUGAUUUUUAUAAAUAUUAAAAUGUAUUUCUUAAGUGAUGCUAAGGUCUGUUUUCGUGGAGCUUUUGAGUUAUGGAUGAUUUUUGGAAAAGGGGAACAAAUGACUCCAUCUGCUGCCAUGUGGUUCACCACAGCUCUACUACUGUCCUUAAGUUCAGUGUUUUUUCCAGCCCUCUGGAAAACUUCAGUUAUCACGUGCUGAUUGACCUCAAGGUUAAUGUAGUAUUCAAUGUAAACUAUCCACAGUAUUUGUCCAUACGCACACAUUUUCUGUAAUGGGGCUGGGCCUCUGUGAAAUUAUACAAUAUUCAUUAAUCUGAAAAACCAAUCCCACUCAGACAUCCUUCUGUUAUUGCUUUGGAAAAUGUGCAACAGCCCCAACUAAAUGCCAUGCAAUCUCAGCAAUGGCAAAUGUCAACAUGGUCUUUGGAGGGUUACUCAUGAGGUCAUGUCAGCUUUACCAACAGUUUGGGAUCACUUGAUGGGCUUAUUGGGGCAGCAACAGUGAAUUAAACACAUGAAAAGGAUCUCCUGGGCCAAUACUCAAUGAAGCCACUGAACUUCAGUAUAUUUUUUUUCUGGUGAUUGACUGCUGGUAAACAUGACUGAGCCAACUAACUUCACAAAAUGCCCCAUGGGAGAUUUGAUGGUUAUCUAAUUUGUGUAGUUUUAGCAAUAAAACUUCUUAACCAGU